AUGAGCGCUGAAUGCAGCAGUUACUACAGCGCAGACGGGGUAUUUGUGGACUCUUUCUCCUGCCCUAAACCUGGAAAUGCUGCCGCUGCCAUCUACUGUUGUGGAUUUAACGAUAUUAAGUAUUGCUGUGACGAUGCCAACAGUUUUUUCCCGUACGAGUACGGGUACAUGUGGUGGCUGAGUAUAGGUGCUCUGGUCGGUCUGUCUAUUGCAGCGGUCGUCCUCCUUGCCUUCCUCAUCACCGUGUGUGUCCUCUGUUACCUCUUUAUCGUCACCAAACCCAGUCGUCGUCUUGACAACGGCCUGCCCCUAAGAGCGCCAGAUCCCAGUGAAGGACCGAGUCAUGUGAGAGCGACCUGUGCUGCUGCUCCACAAAGAUUCAAAAAUCCCUUCAUGAACAGGAAGGUGGAUUGUGACAAUCAGUCGCCGGACCCCGAGCACCUUUUCCAGAGGUGUUUCACACCCACAGUCACUGGAGUGAAAGUGGAAAGUCCUUCAUAAAUGACUUCUUAUUUAAAAUAAGAACAGCAGCACACUGUCAAUGAGGCAAAUCAAUCAGGAAGCAGGCCUGUGGUUCCAGUGGACGACUAGGAACGAGAGGAGAGCUUCUGAUAUAAAGUGAGCACUUCAGUGCGGUGGCUGUGAGGAAUAAAUACUGAGUAAUACUGCACUAAAGGCUCUCAAGUCUCUCGCCUUGGUGACAUUUUUCAUGCAUUAACUUUAUCCUCAUGGCUUCCUCAUGAGUAGAAAUUACUUAUCCUCCUACUUAUCUUUCCGGAAAAGAAUGCAUACAAUUGGCUUUAUGAAAGGCAAAGAAUCAUUAAGAGCACAUGAAUCAUGGAGGUUUUUACAUCAAGGACAUGCAGUUCAGUUCACAUUUAUGUGUUGAAGAUGUUGCAUUUGGGUCAGAGGACGACAGCAAGCAUAUGAAGUCAGGAGGCACCCUGA